AUAGUAGAAUGCGCAUGCGCAGAUCCGUUAGCAAAUUGCCAGUCAAACGUCGGUUGGAGCCGCCUGAAGACAAGUACGAGAUAUCUCCAUAGAAAAUAACCGAAAAUAACAGAAGCUUUGCGUUGCUAUUGGAUCGUUGCGCUGCUCCCCUUUCCAGCCUGCUGAAUCCGAUUGGAGGGCUGGGAGUUGGGAUCCCGCCCCCGCAGCUCCUCUUAGGCCACGCCUCCCUGCAGCUGGCCCAGCUCAAAGCCCAGCUCGUUACCGCUGCAACCGCCAACCCCCCACUACCCUACACUCACCCCCAUCCACCUUCUCUCGCCCCCCCUCAUCAAGCUCCUCAAAGCGGCAGCUACCGUCAAUAACAUGUCCCAUCCCCUAUAUAACCCCUUAGGGGGUCAGUACUCUUCACAGGCCCAGAGAACUGCCACCCAGAUGGGGCAGUACGGACACACACAAUCCCAGGCCGGAAGGGACCCACUGGGGGCCUCCCGCCAUGGUCUGGGCCCUGGGUCUGGUGGUGGUGGUUCCUCCGGCCAGGGAGGCAUGAUGUCCUCGAUGGUGGCCCAGCAGAUGGGGUAUGACCUGGGGCAGAGAUCGACCGGGAUGACCCCGGAGCUGGAGACCUCCAUAGACCACCACAUCCGCGGGGCCAGAGAGGAUGUGAGGCUGCUCAGCCAGUUGAUGCAGCAGAAACAGAACCAGCAGGUCCCACUGGACGCCCGAGACCUUCGCCUAAGUCACGACCCCAUGGACGAGCUCUCGUCUGGGGGUGGGCUGGGCGGUUACACCCCUGGCCGGACCUCCAGCGACCAGCAAAGCUCCAUGGACUCCUGGUCUGGCUACCUGACCCAGUCUGCUUCCUCCAAACUCUUCUCCUCCACCCUUCCUCAGUACCAAAGCCAAACCUCUGGGUUUGGAGGUGCGGGAGUGCUGGGGUCCACCUCAAGGGGUUCCGAGGCUCCCAUGAGCGCCUCGUCCGCAGCCUCUCGUCCAGCCCGGUACACGUCCGAAGUCCGCCAGCAGCAUCCUGGCGAGUUUCGGCUUGUCCAACGAAGACCUGGAGCUCCUCAGCCACUACCCAGACGAUCAACUGACCCCAGACAACCUGCCCUUCAUCCUCAGAGACAUCCGCAUCCGUAAGUCCAAUAGAACUAUGGAUGUGGACCAUCGGCCCAAGGUAGGCGGUGGACCUGGCCCAGGGUCCGACCACGGUGGUGGAGGACAGAGCAAAGUGAUCGAUUAUGAACAUUCUAGUGCUACUAAAUACGACAGUUAUGAUGAUGGUGAUAAUAGCCAACCCGAUAAUUACGGCGCGCGUAAUCCGCUCCCAAUGGAGACGGCAAAAUAUGACAUGGUCAGAGACUUGCUGAGCGGGUACGCCGGCCAUUCCAAGCAGCGUAUCCAACAGCAUCACAUCCAGAGCCCCAUGAAAGAGACAGACUCUCGCAUCGGCCUUCCUCCGCCUUCCAGCCAGUCCCAGCAGACCCACAAAACCCACGGCUCGUCAUCUAAAGCAACAUCCAAGUCCAUGAACAUCCCUGUCCGAGGCGGAGACCAAGGACUCAACCGACACCUGGCGUCCCAGAAUCAAGGCAACGCUCGGGGCCACGCUCAGCCCCGGUCCGGCCUGGUGGUUCAUGGUGGUAGAGAUGGUGCUGGAGCUGGGGGCGGAAUUCCAGGACUCAGGGUUGGAGGUGUCGGGGUUCCUCCUCCCACGACACCCCCCAUGUGGCCUCCCUUAUUCCCCAUCAUGAACCCAUCUAUCCCACCUCCUGGUCUGUUCCGGUGCCCCGGAUUGGUCCGACGCCUUCCUUGCACCAGCAGAUGAACCUACCUCCCCCGAUGAUGAUGAUGAUGCCGACGAGGUUACCGACUCCGACCAUGAUGAGUGACUACUCUGCUGCUUCUCCCAGAAUCUUUCCUCAUACCUGUUCUCUCUGUAACAUAGAAUGUUCCCAGCUAAAGAACUGGAUCGAGCAUCAAAACACCGGUCUCCACGUUGAGAAUUGCCGUCUACUCAGGAAAUCGUAUCCCGACUGGAACGUGGAAACUAUCACUGUAUCAAGCCCUAUUCAUAGUAGAAAUGAAAGCAGCCGGUUGUCCUCUAAACGCCGUCGGACAUCACGCUCCGCCUCCCGUUCUCUGUCCUGGUCUCGCUCUCCUUCUCCUCGCCGCUCUUCCUACCACACCCCUUCCUCCGCUACUCGCCGACCUCGAUCCAGGGAACGAACCCGCUCCCGUGAACGUCAACACAACACUACCACACGGCGUUCCCGGUCCCCGGGGUCACUUCGGGGCAGGGAGAGAGAACGUGACCCUCCGGCUUCGUCUUCCCACCGGGAUCAGGAACGUCGGCCUCAGACAGCCUCUUCAUCCCGGAGGUCGCGCUCUAGGAGCUAUCAGCGGGAGAGAGCGAGGGAGCGUCGGGAGACGACGAGGAGGAGCAGCCUGCCGAAGUCUGACAGUGCUGAGAGACUGGCCAAGAAACUACUGGAGUCAUCUGCUGGCCUCUCCCUGACUGAGAACACCAGUCUAGAAGUUAUGAUGCAGUCCCUCGCCCCCGCGCUCCUGGCAGAGCUCGCCAAGAAGAAGGGAGCCGCCGCCUCCUCUUCCUCCUCGAAGGGAGGUGCCUCUCGGAAAACUGAAACGGGAAUGUCCAAGUCCGGAAACAAGCUAGGAUCUGGAAGGUCAUCAACCAGAAAAUCCUCUUCUCCAUCCACUCCCUCCAAGUCAUCCAGCUCCGCUUCUUCCAAGACUAAGAAGAAGCGAGGCCCAGGGACCUCUGCUCUGUUGAGACUGAUGAAUAUCCCUCAGCACACAUCUCAUGAUGAGGUGGUCAAGGCCGUAGAACCCUUCGGAAAGAUCAACAAUGUCAUCCUACUCAAGGCCAUACAGGAGGCGUCAGUAUUGUUUGAGAAAGAGGAGGAUGCCAGACAGCUUGCUAGCUGUAAGACGCUGACCGUCAGAGGCCAGACCGUUAUCAUACGGAUGGAGAAAGACACUCUGUUGGAGAACUCAAAGGAACUGGACCAGACCAAGAAGUCUACUGCUGAAAAGACAGCGACAGCAGCCAAGUACCAGACCAGCACCACCAAGUCAACUAAAACAUCUACCAAAUCUUCAACGACCACAACUAAACCGCAAACUGCCAGUACCAAGAACACACCCAAGGUGUGUGGAUCUAAUACCAAGUCCAAGGGGAAAAGUCCCCUCGAUCCUAUGCAGCCUGACUUUGUGAAACACAGGUUUGUGAAGAUUGAAGGUUUACCAGAAGCUGGAUAUACAGAGGAAGAUGUUCUGGCUCUGGUGAAGAAUUACGGAUAUAGACCUGGACUCUACAACUGUUUCAUUCUGCCCAACCAGAGAUGGGCCAUAGUCCGUAUGGAGAGAGUAGAGAAGAGCUUUGCUAUGUUGACGACCUACUCACAGUCUCCUCCUAAACUACUAGACUGUCCCCUCACCUUCACGUUGACCCGCCCUGAUACCAACCUCCUCCAGGAGGGUGUGUACACAACUCUGAAGGGCCUCACCACUAAGGACCCAACGUUGAAGGAACGUCUUCUGAUCGUCAGUAACGUCCCCACAGGGACCGCAGCGGCCCAGGAGGUUCACGACCUCGUCAAACGCUUCGGCACCUACCUCGACUCGCUGUCUCUGAUCAACAUGAUCUAUUUUGAAAUGGAAACCUCUUCAGUGGCGAUGGCGGUGUGUCUUCGUUUCCAGAAGUCCUCCAGUGUAGUUCAGAACAACCCUCUGAAGUUCAACAUGCUGGUCAAGGUUAAACAGCCACCGCAGCCCCCAGCCCAGAAGACAUCUGUUGUCAGCACCAAAGCCAAGAAGAAACCGAUCAAAGGCAAGAAACCUGAAGCUAAAGGUGUCGCAACACCAGUUAAACCUGUUGCUACCACCACCACUACUACCAGCACCAAUGCUACGGUCUCAUCCUCUCAGCCUGUUGCUGUGGCUACCAAGCAACCGGGUGACGACGUCAUCGUCGCGGAGGCCAAGCAACCAGGAAGUGACGUCGCGGUGAUGAAUUCCGACGGAAAGGCAACGGUGGCGGAGUCUGGAGGAAAAGAGGGUGGGAUUUCCUCGACAGUAGAAAAAGAUGGGAAGAAGAAGAACGCUCAUCCUCCCAAAGAGGAUGGAGAGAUGAAAACUGAGGAGGCAAAACAAAACAAGGAAGACACUGCGACCGUCGACAUCGUCGUUUCCGCCUCGUUACCUACGGUUGCCGCGUCCGCUCCCGAGGAAGAGGUCGCCGUGGAAACCCAGAGCACCGACGGCGUCGCCUCGACCAAUGAGAUUGCAGCAGAACCCGAACCGGUUGAAGACAAUCCUCUGGACUUUCCUCCGGUAACCGAGGAGAUCCUCAAGGCCCUGGAGGUAGCGGUUCACCAACACCGUAUGGGGAGACUGGCGGAGGAACAGGAACAGAACCAGGGAGAGGGGAUCCAGGCCAAGCCUCUACCCAACAAGAAGAGCCCUGCAGCUGGGGAGACAGCGGAGAAAAAGACCCCGACUGGAGAAAAGAACCAGGUCCCGGCUGAGCCAGAAGAGAAGACUGGGGAGAAAGAGACGAUGAAGAAAGAGGAGCCACGCCCAGAGAAGAAGUCACAGCCGGACAAAAAACAUCCCACACCAGCUAAAAAGACCACCGACACGAAGAAGACCCCUUCAGGAUCUGGCCAACCAGACCACAAGAAUGGGAAGACCCAGGCUUCUGGAGGGAGAGGCCGGGCGGCGACCGCUUUUCCCCAGAAAGAGUGACUCUUCUAGGCAUAGAAGCAGCCGGACUCCUUCCGAGGAGGAGCAGGAUCCUCCAACGUCGAGACAGGGUAACUCCUCUAGCUCCCCUUCUGGCUCCCGCAGGAGCAGCAGACAGGACGGCAGCCCCGCCAAGAAGAAGGGGAGGAAAGAAGAGGAGAGGAGCAAGAGCCACGGCCGCAGCUGUAGAACAACUCGCUCCUCGAGGAGCAGGUCUAGAGAUAAGGUGAGC